GCGUCACCCCAGGUUACCUGCAGAGCGCGUCAGUGCUGGGGAGAGAGAGAGAGAGAGCGAAGCGCGCUGCGUGUGCAGAGCACAGAGCAUACUGAGCGAGCCCUCCACAGGGGGCCCUGCACGUUACGGCCACCUAGCCACGCCCGCCCCUCCUGCAUCCUCUCCAGGCUCUGCACACACUGCUCUGCACUCAUUGCUCUGCACCAUCCCUACUAGGCUCUGCACACAUUGCUCUGCUACAUCCCUACUGGGCUCUGCACACAUUGCUCUGCACCAUCCCUACUAGUCUCUGCACACACUGCUCUACACCAUCCUCUCCAGGCUCUGCACACACUGCUCUGCACACAUUGCUCUGCUACAUCCUCUCCAGGCUCUGCACACAUUGCUCUGCUACAUCCUCUCCAGGCUCUGCACACACUGCUCUGCACCAUCCUCUCCAGGCUCUGCACACACUGCUCUGCUAUAUCCCUACUGGGCUCUGCUACAUCCCUACUAGGCUCUGCACACAUUGCUCUGCCACCUCUUCAGGCUCUGCACUCACUGCUGUGCUAUAUCCCUACUAGGCUCUGCACACACUGCUCUGCUGCAUCCCUACUAGGCUCUGCACCCAUUGCUCUGCUAUAUCUCAACUGGGCUCUGCACCCAUUGCUUUGCUAUAUCCCAACUGGGCUCUGCACCCAUUGCUCUGCUAUAUCCCAACUGGGCUCUGCACUCAUUGCUCUGCUAUAUUCCUACUGUGCUCUGCACUCAUUGCUCUGCUAUAUCCCUACUGGGCUCUGCACUCAUUGCUCUGCUAUAUCCCUACUGGGCUCUGCACUCACUGUUCUGCUAUAUCUCUACUAGGCUCUGCACACAUUGCUCUGCAGCCUCACCAGGUUCUGCACACAUUGCUCUGCAGCCUCACCAGGCUCUGCACACAUUGCUCUGCUACAUCCCUCUUGGGCUCUGCACACACUGCUCUGCUCAUCUUAGAGGAGUGCAGAGCUUCAGAGUGGGGGUUGACCAACCUACUGCCCAUCCCAAACUUCAGACAAAGGCAGUGGGGGGUAUGCAUCCCUGGGGCUGUAGCCCCUGUCUGUGACCUAUAAUCAGUGGGGGCCUCUGUGAUGAGGGGGGCAGCAGAAGACAUGGAUGGCUUUGAGGGUGAAGCUUCCACAGCCUCCAUGGUGUCUGGGGCCAGCAGCCCAUACCAGCCCACCACAGAGCCAGUAAUGCCCAACAGGGGGCUGAGAGGCAUCACCUGUGACCUGGACUACAUGAGAUCCCUCUAUGGCAUCCUCAAAUGCAUCCAAGUGGUAAGUGAUGGGGAGGAGGUGAUAUCCUGAAGUCACUGUGUUUUUACACUGGGGAACCCAAGAUACCCUUCCCGAGUACAGUUAUUCAUCUGCUGUGGAGUAAAUUCUCAUGGUGCCUGACAAAGCUUCCUGUGACUUGUAGUCCAAAACAUCUGGACAUCCUUGAUCCUUCUUGGAUGUAGCAAGUUGUCAAGGUUAUUCAAGUGUAAAUUGUCAAAAUCUCAAAAAUAUUAAAACUUAAGGCCAAAAUAGUUGGAUUGUAAGAUUUCUCUAAGUCAAAUAUUUUGUCAACUCGCUAUUGUGGCCUAAAAUUAACAGUUACCUUGUGUUCUUGACAAUUUGCACUUUAGUAAAUAAUCCUGUGUGUACGCAUCUUUGAUACCUUUUUGGAAGGUUUAUGUAUUAAACUAGGAAUUGUGAAAAAUUGGCAAAAAAAUUGCAAAUUUUCCCAUUUAGAGCACCCAGUCAUCGGUUGAGUUGAAGGGUUUUUUUUUUUUUUUUUUUUAGUUUGACAAAUUUCAGAAAAUCCCUAUUUAGUAAUAAGUCUUGGAUUUUCACUUUUUUAUUUAUAGACAGAUUCUUGCAUUUUAUCAUUUAUAAAACUGUUGUGUGGAAAUGCUAAGCAAGUCCUCCAUAAUAAUAUCGAAAGCCCUGCAGUUUAAGCCACUGCGAUGCCAAUAUAGGUCCAGUUUUUAGGGAUACCAUCAUUAAUGUAGCUUGGGAUAGUUUCUAAUAUCUGGAUCAUUUUUUUGGAAUUUUUUUUUAUAACAGAGCAAAAGUACACCUUGCAGUUUGUUGUGUAUACACCUGGUUAAGGCUUCAGUCUUGUGCAGGUGAGCAAACAGAACAAUCGUGCAAAUUCCCGUAGGAUAAUUAUUUUCCAGACUACACCUGAUGCUAUUCCCCAAUGUACUUGUAUAAUUGUAAUAUUCUCCCACCAUGCCUACCUGUGUGUCUGUAACCUCUAUUUACUCUCUGUGAAUACCAAUGACUUGCUCCUGUGCUUAUUCUCUAUUGGUUAUCAGAGUGAAUUGUUCUCCUUUACUUAACUUCAAUUUAAUUGUUCUUCAAAAGUGACAGCUGGUAUUUGUCCCAGAAGAAUAACGCAAUCAGACACCUUAUGCAAGGUCAUAGCAAUUUCAUAGUUGGUUUAACAUUUGGUGCAUGACUGUUAAAAUGUUACAGAACAAGGGAACAUUUGGUUUAUUUUUUAAUGAAACGUAAAAAGAAAUGUUUGGCUGAAUUUAAUGUAUGGACUUGCUGUUAGUAUAUCACAAUUGUUAUAAACAUUCGCUGCUAAUACAUUUAUUUAUUUUUUUAAUCUAAACAAGGUGUUGCUUGUACAUCAAUCGACAGGUGGUUUUGUAGACUUUUUGCUUGACUUUGCCCUUUGCGACAUUUGGGUUCAUGAAUCGGCAAAAUACCAUCUCUCCUUAUUCUUUCUACAUCCGUUUGGAUCAUAUAAGCAAAACUCAUGCCAGGUUUUAUUGGGCUAUUCUAGGUUCAUCUGUUCAUCAUCUAUAAUGAUAUAUUUAGUGAAUCAUUAAACCGUGUUUGAGAAAUAUUGUAUUAUUGGAAGCCAUAUAACCCCUAUCUUCCAGCCAAAUCUUUGCUUAUAUAUUUUCUGAGAUGUGCCAAAGCGGCAUCCGUAAAAUUCUUCAAAUAUAUUUUGGUCAAUCCGUGAUAUGUUGAUUUUUAAAAAAGGAGAAAAGAACUGAAUUUUCUAGUUCCUCUCUAUUGUUUUUAGCAAAUUAUUAAAAAAAAUUUAAAUUUAAUUUAAAAAAAUAAAUAAAUCUUAAACGUUGCAAUUCCCGUUGAGGAGUUGAGUUUGUUUUGGGCAUAAUAGAAUGACUGUUUACAUUAAAGUUUCAUAGAAUUGUGACCUUCAGAAAGGUCGUUAACUCUGAGAAUUGCAAGGCUGCUGCACGGUUGUAAGUGAUUUUAAUAAUAAAUAUAUGGUGGAUUAAACAAAGUCAACUAAUCUCCUUGUUGCAAAAAAAUUGGAAAAGUAACAUUCCUUUCAUUAAGUAUGUGGAAUGCGGUCUUCUAGUAAAACUUACCAUGAGCAUGCUUAAUAAUCUGUUGUUAGUUCCCACAGCAGAGCAGGGGUUGAUCAUUGGACAGAAGACGUGUGAUAAAAUUAAUGGAAGUAACUAAAGAAAAUCUCAGGGUUAUUUGCUAAACUGGAAACUGUGGAGGAAUGAAAAAGGGAACUUCGAAAGUUCAAGCUACAAUACCUGAGCUCUAUUCCAUUUGGGGAUAAAGUGAAAUCAGGCCCUGUUCUUGCCCGUAAACUGGGGAUCCCGGGCCCUCCAUUGCCUCAUUAUAUGGGGACGACUGUUCUGCCAUUCGCUAGGCACCGUUUAUGGUUAUUGUGCCUCAUAAUGUCCUGUUUCAGGGCAAUUCAGAGUCACUUUGGUCUCAAUUUGUCUUUAAUAAAUAUCCAAAUUAGAAAGUUGGGUUCAAUUUUGGAUUAAUCCACAAAUAUCGUAAUUUUGUAGUAGUCAGACUGUCACUUUGAGGUAUCAUUUAUGGUAGAACUCAUUUAGGUUUCCUCGAUUUCUCUUCCUUUUUUUUUUUUUCCUUAUCUGAAACGUUUUUGUUUUUCUUUCUUUGGGGAACUUGAUAUUUGGCAGUCUGCUUUGGUUUAACACGUUCCUGCCCACAUUGCCAUGGUAAUUUUCCCAUAAUCUGUUAUUCAAUCCUGCUUGAUGGAUUAUAAUCCCUGCCUUUAUUUCAUCCUCUCAUGUAAUUUUCACUUGAUUUCCUCCAUGAAAUUUAUACAUGCGCGGAGAUUCAGCAGUCCCUCGCUCAAGGAUCAACAAAGUACUGCUUCCCCAGGGGGACUAAUGGGAGGAAUACAAAUUGAGGACAGGGAAGUGCAAAAGACUGCACAUAAAUAGUAUCCAAGUUGUAAUCUGUAUGAAGAAGGAGGACUGAAAUGGGAGGAGGAAUAAUAUCAUCUACAUUCUAAAGGAGGAGAAUUGUGUGGCUUCAAACGUAGUAGAAAUCAUGUCUUAAAAGGCCAAGCAGGAAGUUGCUGGGAAGAGGAGACUGGACACUUAAAUGGUGUCUGUGUGAUAAUACCAUUGCUUGCCCACAGAAGGGCAAGUGAAGCCGGGUACAGCUUAAAAGACUGGAAGAUGGAGGUAUUUGGAGAUAACGUUUUGGCACGUAAGAAAAGUGUAAUUUAACAGUGAAAAAGUCAACUGACAGACUAAGAGCAAAAAGGAGCCCUAUGCAGAUGUUGUAUAAAGAAGGAGGGGAAAUGGCCGCGUUUUAAGGAAUUAACCCAAAAACAUUUGAUAUGGCAAGGCAACUGAACAAUUGUUGUUUUUUAAUUGUGCUCUCUUAAACCAUACAAUUUUUUUUUUUUUUUUUAAACCUAAUAGUGUCAUUAAAAUAUUUUUGUAGUAGUUAUGGUGCCAGGAGUUCUCCCCCCAGGGUAAAUGGUCAAACCAUUUAUUUGAGAACAGUUUGGGGUCUCCGGGCACCAUUUGCCUGUGUUUGGCUGAAGCUCUGCAGGGCUUUCCUCAGUAGAGCUGACUGAAGCUCUUUGGAGGUUUUGGGUGACACUAUCGCCCUGCGAUUUUCUGAAUACGGACGUGCACUCACAGGCAUCUGUUUGGAAAACACUACCUAAGCCAAGCUUGACGUGCCAUUCAUUCCAUAGUGCCAUGUGUUUGUGCCCUCGGGGUGCCUCUUGGCAUUUCACCAUAGUGUUUGAAUUCCUUAAUAUUGUAUACCCAGCGUUACCUAUCACAAUGGAAAUAAAUACCUGCAAACGAUUCAUUAUUGUUUUUCUGUUUAAAUUGCACAACGUUGGAGUGAGGUGUUGGCUUGUCCUGACAUUUGAGCAGUGACCGUGCCACCUUAAUUGGCAUUGAUUGAAAGCUACUCCCUUCUCAAACACCAUCUGUACAAACAUUGAUGAGACUCAUUCCUUCAGGGCUUUUUUUACAGCAUUAUCUGAUUCUCUUUCAAGCCACACAGGUUAUAUGCAGCAACUACAACUUGUAGGUGCAGUCAUACAUCCUUCCCAUGUACGACCAGUUGUCUAAACUGAAGGGGCUUUUGGCCCUUUUGUUUAAUCCAAUUAGUGCUAAUUCAUUCCGAGUUUGAGUGGGGAGAUUAAUUUAAAGAAGCCCUGUUGACUAGAAGUUUUUCUCUGAGCUUUAUAUAAAGAGUGCACUGUAUUGUGAACUAUAGUAAAGAUUGUUUAGAAAAUGCCAGGAUACUUCACAGCACUGUGCAAGGGAUGUGUGGUGAGGACCCAAACUAAACUAGUUUAUAAGCUCAUUGAGCAGGGCCCUCAAUCUCUGUUCCUGUGUGUCCAACUCGUCUGGUUACAAAUACGUGUCUGUUAGUCCACCCAUUGUAAAGCACUGUGGGACUGAGCAAGGGCAUUCCUGGCACCACAACAACUUCAUGCAGAACGUGGAGACGCUGAAUGUAGGUGCUGCACACUGUGCAGCUCUGAGAUAGGAAGCACCUCUAGUGACUGCACCUUGAGAUUAGACAUUAAAGGACCACUAUAGUGCCAGGAAAACAUACUCGUUUUCCUGGCACUAUAGUGCCCUGAGGGUGCCCCCACCCUCAGGGACCCCCUCCCGCCCGGCUCUGGAAGGGGGAAAGCGGUAAAAACUUACCUUUUUCCAGCGCUGGGCGGGGAGCUCUCCUCCUCCAAUCUUCCUUCUCUCCUCCCCGUCGGCUGAAUGCGCACGCGCGACAAGAGCUGCGCGCGCAUUCAGCCGGUCACAUAGGAAAGCAUUAUCAAUGCUUUCCUAUGGACGCUGGCGGGCUCUCACUGUGAAAAUCACAGUGAGAAGCACGCAAGCGCUUCUAGCGGCUGUCAAUAAGACAGCCGCUAGAGGGAAUGGAGGAAGGCUUAACCCAUUCAUAAACAUAGCAGUUUCUCUGAAACUGCUAUGUUUAUAAAAGAAUGGGUUAACCCUAGCUAAACCAGGCACCCAGACCACUUCAUUAAGCUGAAGUGGUCCUUUAAGAUUAGAGACUGAGAUUAGACUGCACCUUGAGAUUAGACAUUUCUGGUGACUAUAGUUACAAAAAUGGAAAUAGGAGCCGCACUCAUUCCCAGCAAACACCUGAUGCACUGGAGCAGGACCAGCAAUCCCACAACGAUCAGGCAGACAAAAAAGUCUCCAGGCACUCAAGGUGUUCAAACCGCAGGCAGAUUUAAUGGUACAAAAAAAGAGCAGCAACGUUUCGAUCAAGAGCUUGACAAAGACCUCUUGGCAGGUCGAAACGUUGCUGCCCUUUUUUGUACCAUUAAAUCUGCCUGCGGCUUGAACACCUUGAGUGCCUGGAGGCUUUUUCUUUUUUGUCUGUUGACUAUAGUGUCCCUUUAAGACCCAGACCAUUCACCAACACAUGCAUGUCUCAUGAUUUUGCCAGAUGUGCGGCAUACAAAACAUGAAUGUUUGUUUCUAGAUCUGUAAUUAUGACCAUAAUUACUGUAUUUUAAUUGACUAUUCAUAUAUCGAUACAUUAUGUCCAAUUGUUGCAUCUCUAGUAAAUACAACAAUUAGAUCUGCUGCGGAAAACUCAAGAAUAGAUCAAAUGUCUUGUGCGGUUAAAAAAAAAAGCCAAAGAUAUGGAUUCCCUUUAUACAGACAAACUGCAAAGUUAAACAACAAAAACUUCUUCUUUUUUUUUUUUCUGUAAAGGAUUACUUCCCCUUUAAAAGGAACUGGGAAUUUGUCAUGGCUGAGCUAGGAGCCUCGUGAUCUUUGUUAAACUGCACAUGCAAAUAAUUAUGUAGGUGGCUAAACGCGGCUUCCAUCACCUAUUGUCCCAAUAUAACAUUAUCAGGCAGGUGUCAAGAUUCAGGGGUGGAAAUAGCAUCAUUCAUGAACUGUCUGCAGCCUGCGGGCAUACGUGAGGGAUUACACAUCUUUUAUUUGUUUUCCACCUUGCCUGUCACAAGUGAAGGUAUUUUGGCAGACAGACAUCUUGGUUGGUGGGAUUUUCAGAACAGAUGUUAAAUUAGAAGAUGGACAGGGGAUCUGCAGUCCCUCUGUGUCAGUGUUUUAGAUGAUGAUGGGGUUAGUGUGUCCUAGGACAGCGCGGCACAAACAGGAAAACCAUUCCCGAUUCCAAGAACGAACAGACUUGUGGUUAAGCUGGGAAAGCGCAAUGCACACUAAGGAAUGUGCUUUUGGAUCAAUCUUUAAACCAUUGCCCUGUUUCCAUCUGCUCUGACAAAAUGUGAUCAUCCUGUCUCAUGCUGAAAUUUCAGCUAGUAUUUACACUGUCGUAAUAUAUAUGUGUUAAGCAAGGAAUUCUGUUUCUUGGAUUUGUCAGUAAAGAUAAACCCUUUGCAGUUUCUUUUAUUUUUUUAUUCUUAUUAUGACUGUGUUAAACUUGUAAUGUGCAUAACAUUAUGUCAUUGUUCAUCUAUUGUUGCAUUUGUUUGUUUCAUUUGUCAUUUUACUCAUUGUGGUGUUAUAUUUGUGAUGGUUACUACAUGCCACCCAAGUGUCCCACUCUAGGAAGAACAGUCCUUCUUUGGUACCAAAAUCCUUCUAUCCACCUUUUCUAACCCCAAAAAUCAUACAUCACAUUAGCUGCAGAACAUUUUUGUCAAAUAUUUUUUUUAUUGAAAACUUUUCAUUUUUAACAAUAAUAAUCAUUGUAAAACAAUGAAAUAUAAGGAAUAAAGAAAACUAUAUAAAUCAAACAAACACAAAGAAUCAGGGGGAAAGUAUCCAUCCAUUAUAAAAUUGAUAACAUAUGCUUUAUGAAAAACACUACAUAGUGUCUAAUAAGGUGUAAAAACACUUUACCUGUACUGGCGAUAUAGUAUACAAACAGAACAGGAGUAAAAGGAGAGGCACAUAAAGUACUAGGUUAAUGAUUCUGUUGUGUUUGAUGGCAAUCUGAGGUGCAUCUCAUAGCACUUAUUCUCUAAGGCCAAUGUUAAUACCUCUUUAAUAGACGGAACUAUGUCAGACCUCCAAUAACGUGGUAUUACCAUAGUGGUCGCUAUCAAGACGUGGCCUACCAUUAUCUUAUCCACUUUGGUAAAGGUUUCAGGAAAUGACUUGAAUAAACAUAGUUCUGGAGUCAGUAACAACAGAAGGAGUAAUAUCCCUGAUUAUUGUAUGUACAUUCUUCCCAAAUAAUUGUAAACGUGGACAAUGCCACCACAUAUGGGAAUGUGUGCCUGUUUGUCCACAGCCACGAUUCUCAUUUACAAACUGCCUUCUUUUCUACCCAACAUGACAUUCCUUCUUUGUGCUGGGCCAUGCCCAAUAAAAUCCACUGGAUUGCAGCCAGCCAAGAACUAGCACUGUAGGUCGCUGAUCCCUCUGUGGCUGUGGGUAUGCGAGCAUGUGUUUGUUUGUAGAGCUUGCACGUAAGAAGAUUGCGUGUUCAUUGUCAGCCGGUUUGUGCAUACUGAUGGCAAACGGGAAAAUUGUACGAAAUUGACUUUCAUUUUGAGCUGGCUGAUGACCGCUUCUAGAGGCAGAGUUACAACGUGGUGGAAAAAUAAGAAUAUUUCUAUUCUGGCAGUGUUUCAGAUAGAAACCUUGCACCAUACCAGCUUCAGCAAGCAAAGUGGUUAUGGUCCUUAGAGUAACUCUUUAAAUGACAUCAGUCAGACAUGGUAAAACAUACAAUAGCCCACAAUAAGCUCACCUCCGGCUACACCCCCUGUAAUAAAAGUCCCUGUUGGGCCGUUUGAAAUGUUGGGAAAUAUAGAAAUACCUUAAUACUGCAAUGAAUUACCAUGAACACUUAUUCUAUAAGUGACCCAUUUUUUAAAUACCAUUUUCAAUUCAGGGAUAUGGGGAAAAUUCUCCAAAAUGGCAGCUAGCACUUGAAGCCAUUUCUGUUGCCCACUGUGUUGUAUACAGCCCUGGUUUACAGCAGGCCUCAUUUUUGGGAGAGCUAGAAUUGUACAUCCCCUCCCGUGCCACUUUCAUUCCCCCUAAUAUUCGAAAAGUACAUUCUGAUGUAAACCUCCUAUAGUAUAACAUGCACUAGAUGGACAAAAGUAUUGGGAUGUCUUUACAAACAUUUGUGAAAAACUGUGUCGUCUUGAAGAGCUCAGUGAAUUCAAGUGUGGUACUUUUUCACCCUUGCUAGAUAAUUCACGGACCUCUGUGGUAUUAUUGGAAAAUGGAAGCAUUUAGGAACAGCAGCCACUCUGCCAGGGAGCAGAAGAGCACGGUCACAGAGUGCUGAGGCGCAUGGUGCAUAAAUGUCGCCAAUGCUCUGCUGAUUCCAUAGCUGAAGAGUUUCAAACUUCCACUGGCAUUAAUAUCUGCACAAAAACUGUUCGGCAGGAGCUUCAUGGAAUGGGUUUCCAUGGCUGAGUAGCUGCAUGUACAUAUUAAUGUCUAUGUAUUUAGAACGCAAUAUCCUAAAAGUCCCUGUUGGUAUAAUGGUCAGGUAUCCCAAUACUUUUGUCCGUAAAGUGUAGUUACUGUUCGUAAAUUGAUCUAUAUAGGUACAACCUUAAACAGGGCAGCAUACUUACGUAUUCUAGCACGUUUAGUCUCCUUGCAUCCCAUGUGGUCUACUGACUUAUAGUGAUGGGAGGAUGUGAUAUGGCAACCCUCCUCCUGAUCGUCUCUGCUUACGUGCCAUUGUGCAUUAGUACUAUAGUUUACUGAGUAAUAUUGUAACAAGCAGAGCAUUUUUGUUUUUUGUUUUUUCUCUCUCUGGUGUGUCUACUUUGGCCUAAAACUUAACUUUUUGUAACAUUAGAAUUUCUGGCCAUUUUCAGUUAACUGAAUAACCCUGUCAAUCAAUAUUAGAGUAAUAACCGUGUGACCACAUGGACCAUCAUACUUUACUAUAUCAAAGGGUCCUGUUCUUACUUCCUUUACGAAUUUUGAAAGAAUUCACAUGUACGUUAUGAAAUUCUAACGUCCAGCAUUUAGGAACACUCUCCUCCAUUCAUCCCUGGCUAUAAAUAUUCCAGUUUGGGCUUCCGCUAAUUACUAGCAUGGGAAAGAAUCCAGUAAUUACUGUAGCAUUCGUUUCCCUGUAAACACAGACGGCUCAUCACUUAUUCAGCUUUGUGUAUUAUAAAAAGGUCUGCCCAAGGGUUACAGGGCGCUCUGGCUGGGCUCUUUAAUUCGGGGAAAACAAGCAAGGCCAACUGGUUUUAUUAAUAGUUUCCUGGAGAUGGUAAUAUGAUCGGGUAUCCAAAUGUUUAAGAAAAUACACAAUUUCUUCUUCUUCUUUUUUUUUUUUGUAUGUCUGCAGUUGAUGGAGAAAAAAGUCUGCAAGGGUUUAUGUAUUUUGUGGAAAUCUGUGUAUGAGCAUAUUUAUCUGUCUUAGUAUGGCCUGCUUUGAGACUGCCUGGGUUAUUCAAUAAAGGAAGAAAUCAAAGUGAAUUUAAAUUUGAAGUCCAAAUUAGCCAAACUGCAAGUAUAGCUGACUUGUAGAAUGUUUCCUGUUUGACUAAUUUGACCUCAAAUUUUAAAUUCACUUUGAAUUCUCACUUUAGGGGAUAACUCUGUAUAUAUUUUGUAAGCACAGGCAAAAAUAGAGCCAGAAUGGAACAGGUCGAGUCGGUGAGGGGAAGGGUUGAAGAUGUGAGGGGCAGUGUUCGGUAUGGAGAGGAGCAACGGCUGGGAUAAGGAAUAGACCUUACCAAGGAGCAAUGUCAGAACCGUAGAGUGAGAAGGUAAAAGAGACUUUGUUGGAGUGUUCGAGCAAAAUGUACAAGAAAAGGCGCCAUAAAAGAUAGGUGACCGGAUGAGAAAGAAGGGGUCAAUGCUUGGGAAAGAUAGGGAAGAGUCAUGCUAAAGUGAGAUAAGCACAAAUAGGCAGGAAUAAUGAAUACAGGCAGAAAGGGGAGAUAUCCAGUUGAGCAGUCAGAAGAGAGAUUUAUGGGCUAACUGCACCAUGGCAGGGCAAGGGGCAAAUUGGACCAGGGCAACUUGUAAAGUGGACCAGAGCAGGGCAAUCAGUAAACAGAGUGAGGAUAGAGCAGGGCAAUGUGCAAACUGGGCUACGGGGUUAAAACCUACUAAAAUAAGAGGAGGAGCAGGUUGGAAAGGAGCAUGGGAAGGAUAAAAGGGAGCCAGGAUGGGACAGGGGAAGGGGCAAACAGAGCAUGGCAAGGCGCGAUUUGAUCAGGGCAAGAGGUUAUCUAAGCCAAGACAAAGUGGGACAACUGGUGAACUUGGUAAAGAUGGGGGGGGGGACAAAAAGCAAAGCAAGAGGGAGUAGAGAAAAUGGUGUGGGGUCCCAAGAGGGAAAAUGGCAAAGAGGUUUGUGAGAACCUAAAAAAGGGCUAGGUGGAAGCACAGCGUAGGCCCAGGGUGUUGGGGCCAAGAAAGGUUAGAAGAGAGUGGGGAAAAUGGAGCAUAGAUGGGACUUAAGGAUGAAGAAAGCAGGUCAAAGAGUUCAAGAAGGACCAGGGUAUUGAGACACUCACGACAAAGAAAGGCUAGGCAGAGAGAGAUGAUGGGGCAGGUCUCAGGAUAAAAGAAGGAAGGACAUUGGAUACUGGGAAGUUGAAGACCUCUCUUAACACAAUUUAUUGAAAUCCUAGUUCAAAACCUACUAGCUUUAUUCCUGCGCUGAACAUAUUUGCAGUUACUGUACAGUGAGCAUCAAAGAACUUCUAUUGACUUGUAAAUUCACUGUUACUUCAAAGAAUUCUCCCGUUUUUUUAUAAGAUGUGAUUUGUAGAUGUAAAGCAGGCGUGGGUUACAUCAAGUUAGCUUGCACCCUAUAAAAUUUCAUCUGACUGCGCCGUGAGAAGCGUUUUACAGCUAAUGGAAGACAGAAAUGAGUGUGUGCUCCUUUUUUGAGCAUUUUUAUUUAAUUUUUUUAAUAUUCACUUGCAUGCGCAGUACUUCAUCAUGAAUUAAAGGAGCACUCAACCCACAUAAAGUACUUCAGCGUACUGAAAUGCUCUAUAUGUCAGGACCAUCUCAUUUAAAUUGAAGUUUAUAAAACUUUUUUUAAGAUAGAAAUUGUCACUUUUAUAAAUCACUGUAGAAAGACCUCCUCUUCUGUUUCUCUUGGCUCCACAGAUCUAAUGAAAGUGGCAGGUGUGUACGACCUUCCUCCCCAAGUCACAGUGUGUCUGUGAGGCCAUGCAUGCACGUCCACAGGACUCGUUCUAGCCCUGUGUCCUUCCUUCUAUGGACACCCUAACUGGACUCUAAAUGGGAAAGCUUAGUGCAAGAUCACAACCCAAAAUCAGAGGCUUCUCAUUUCAUAGGCAGCUUCCUAUUGGCUGUGGUAACAACACAGAGCCUUGUACGUCCAGUAACCAAUCAGGAGGAACAGACCUCAAUCGUUGACCUAAACCUCUCGAUCUCUUACUCCGCUUCUCAGUAAUGGUUUAACCACUAUGUGGUUUGUUUGCUCUUGUGUGUUUUAUUAUAAAAAAUGUGUAUAAUACAAAUAUUGCCUUUGUCUGCUCUUCUAUACGCUUCUAGAACCACGGUAAAAAGAUUCAGGAUUUUAUUUUUUCAUUGUGUUUUACAAUAGGACAAAAAUAUAACAACUAAACAAAAUACAAGUCAUAAGUAUGAUAAAUAUAUUGUGGUGUUGUCCCAUCAUACAUUACAUAGGGUAUGACAAUAUAAGCGAUAUGUCAAUAUAACAAUUGGUGACCUAGAUUAGGAAACCGUUGAUAAUGUUAGGGCAUUGAGUGGGUAAUCAUGCAGAGACCCAAGCUUUAUUAAUGAUCUCAAAUAAUUAACUGUUCAGAUGUAUCACUAUAAUUGUGUCCUGAACUAAACUUCAUCUCCAGUUGAUGUUACAGAGGAUGAGACAUACUAAAGUGCUAGGAGUGUUUCUUUAAUAUUCGGAUUCACAGGAAGGAAUGUAGAUCUCUUAAGAAAAGUACAAAACAAAUCUCCAGGCCCACAACCAUCUCUCCUAAAAACAUCAAUCAUGUACAGGAGCACAAACCUGUAUUCCUAACCCUAUAGGGUUAAAACAUCCAUCUAGCUCCCCCUGCCUCCCUAAAUAUAGUAAAAUAUUACUUGUAUUCAAGUCUGCAGCUGCCUGCCUCUGACCUGCCUGCUGACAUCAUUAGAAGUGGUGGUCUGAGCCAAUCACAGUGCCUCCCUAUAGGAUUGGCUGAGACUGUCAAGGAGGCAGAUAUGGGGCAGAGCCAGCUAAAGCCAAACACAGCCCUGGCCAAUGCAUUGAUUCAAUUAAUCUCUAUGAGGAAGGUUCAGUGUCAGCAUUCAGACAUAGGCGUGUGCCUGGGCACACCCUAAUCCCCGCGGCACGCCUAUGGAUUGAGACCGGCAGGGGAGAUCCCAGGAUCUCCCCUGUCUGCUCAUGCAGAGCCGGCGCUAUCCGAGCGCCGCCUCUGCUCUAAGCCUCCAUGGGCCGGUGGGGAGAUCAAAGAUCUCCUUCACCGGCUCACAGCUGCAGGGAGGGAGGCAGGAGAGGACCCGGGGAGCUCUAGCCAGCAGCUCCGCCGGGUUCCUCUCGCGAGAUCUGAGCGUUGCCGCGGCAACGCUCAGAUCUCGCAAGAGUGAACUCUAGCCCCGCAGGCUAGAGUUCACUCUCCACUGGACCACCAGGGAUGGCAGCAGCACAGUCCCCCCUCCCUACAUAAGGUAAGAAGGGAGGGGGGAUAUUUACUAAACGGCCCCCACACAAUACACACAAUCACCCACACAUACAGCAUCCACACACACACAUACAGCACCCAUACACAUACAGCACCUACACACAUACAGCACACUAACAGCACCCUCACAAACACCCUCACCUACAUAGCACACUACCAGCACCCUCACAUACACAGCACACUAACAGCACCUUUACACACACACACACACACAGCACCCUUACACAGAGCACCCUUACGCACACACACACACACAGCAGUGUGUGUGUGUGUGCGCACCCUAAGGCACAAACACACGCCGUGUGUAUGUAUGUAUAUGUGUGUGUGUGUGUGUGUGUAUGUAUGUAUGUAUGUAUGUAUAUAAUGUAUGUGUGUAUAUAUACAUACAUACACGCGGCGUGUGUUUGUGCCUUAGGAUGCACACCCUAAUGCAAUAGGCUGCGCACACCUAUGCAUUCAGAGGGAGGAGACACUGAAUGUCAGUCACACUGUGCAGCACUGUUCCAGGAAGCACCUCUAGCAGCCUUCUGAGGAGCGGCCAGUGGGGAUAUCCCUAGGCUGUAAUGUAAACACUGUAUUUUCUCUGAAAAGACAGUGUUUACAGCAAGAUGCCUGAAGGGAAUGAUUCUACUCACCAGAACAAAUACAAUAAACUGUAGUUGUUCUGGUGACUAUAGUGUCCCUUUAAUAUAAGCUUUGUACUAUCCAAAGGGCUUAGAUAUUCAUGUUCUGUGCUACUAGGCUUUAAAAGUUACUUGCCCUUGCAAGCCUGUUGGGCCCGUGGCACACUGACAAGGGGUAAUUUCUAUUCGCCAUUAAUGGCGAGUGUAUCCAGCAGAUCUCCCUUAUAAGAUGCUCCCAAUCCAUAAUUCGCAUGUUGAGUAACGUCACUGUAAGAAACAGAGAUGUGGUAUAACCCUGUAUAAUCUUGUAUACAUUGCUGUGUAUUUGGUUCCAGUGUCACCCUAUUCAUCUUCUCUGUCUGCAGGUCCUGGCCCUCCUCUCGUUUAUCUGCAUCGAGACCAUCAUGGAAUGUUCCCCGUGUGAGGGUCUUUAUUUCUUUGAGUUUGUAAGCUGCAGUGCCUUCGUGGUGACGGGAGUUCUGCUGCUCAUGUUUGGACUCGGCCUGCACACUAGCGUCCCUCACAUUAACUGGAACCUAACUGUGAGUUGGAGAAAUCAAGCAAUUCUUCCAUGUGUAGCUGGGUGGAGAUUAUUAUUUCAUGAUUUGCCUCCAGCAUUGAAAGCAGACUUUAGACCUACCAUGUCAAGUGAUCAGGGUCUCCACACUUGGCCAUCAUUUGGUCGGGCAGCAGAGCCGAGAUGAAACAAGUCUAUUGGCUGGCAGGGUUGUUCACCGAAGUGAUGAUUGUUGGAAAUUCUAAGUUGAUUUCACAUUUUAAAGCUAAAAUAGCCCAAGAGGAACAAUUCUCCAAGACCGCUAAUGUUUCCAGAUUGGCUACUUUGAUAUUAAAUUUGAUAUUUACUUUGAAUUCCGACCGUUCAGAGUGAAUAACCCUGUGUUUUGUUUUGUUUUUUUGUUUUUUUUUAAAGCUGAUUCCCAUUGAAAUGGUGAGAACCAUUGUUAAACCAAACUGACCAUAUAUCUGAUGUUUGAGAACCUACAUUUGGUGGAACAGCCAUAGAGUGUAGUCAAUGGGUGACCUGCUUAAAUUCCUCCAAAUUCCAUGUACCUUUUCUACAUUAUCAUGUUCAAUUUACAUUUAUUUUGAAGCAUUUAGGGGAAGGCUGGCUAAUGGGCACCUUAGGGUUAUAUUGUUCGAGGUAAUGUAGUGAUCAUAGGGUGUCCCAUGUCAUUCACUAGUUGUUAGUGACUUAGUCAUGCCUGUACCUCACCCCUUACCAUUGGAUAUGUUAUAACGCCUUGAUCACAUUAUCCUACAGUGAUGCUGUUUGACUGUCAUUGGUGACUAGGGCCCCGUUCCACGGUGAAUAAAUACCGGUAGUUAGUUAACCAUUUAUUUCCUGACCUUAAUCCAGAGCCGGGCUCCCUCGGCACGGUGACCUCUCCUCCUCCAUUGACGUGCUCCCGGAGCUCCCUAAUGGAGCCGAAUGCGUGGCCAGUGGCAUGCGUGCAUUCAAGCCGGCCCUUAGGAAAGCAUUGCUCAGUGCUUUCCUAUGGGGAUCUUUUUUGAUGCUGGAGGUCCGAGAGGACGUCCAGCGUCAAAUAAGCACAAUUUAUUCUGUGUAAAUCGCGGAAGCGCCUCUAGUGGCUGUCAGUAAGACAGCCACUAGAGGCUGGAUUAACCCUGCAUUGUAAACAUAGCAGUUUCUUUGAAACUUCUAUUUUCAGCUGCAGGGUUAAAACUAGGGGGACCUGGCACCCAGACCACUUCAUUGAGCUGAAGUGGUCCUUUAAGACACACCUUCCGUCUUAAGGCACAUUAAGGAAUACUCCCGACCAUUGAAGCUAUUUAGUUUGCUGAACCUUUUUUAUUUAUUUAUUUUUACCAUUUUACAAGAAGUGCAGAUUUCAAUAGAAAUGGGCAUUUUAUGAAAUUAAUCUUGUUACACCCUACUGACUGACAAACAGACAACCUGUCCUGUUACUUCCUGGUUUGGUUAGCUUAUUGGAGCAAACCUCAAGAGGCAGCAAAUGCCCAGAGCACCUGCCUUCUUAUUGAGCUGCAUUGGGAAGUCGGUGAUUGGACAGCCACAGAAAGUUUGAGCUGGGGCAGAUGGAGAGAUUGCAAAGGCUGCAGACAUGAGAUCUACAGCUUUUGCAAGCCGUUUUAUCUACUAAAAAAAUAGUGUUUUUGGCAGUGAACUGUCCCUUUAUUUAGCCAUACUCUCUCACUUUCACACCAAUAUCAACGAUUUCACUCCUAGAUACAUAAUUGGCUAUUCACUCAGAACAAACCUACAUUUAUAACUAGUGAAUCACAAACACUACAUACAUAUUCAGACAUACACAAACACAUACACAAACACAUACACAAACACAUACACAAACACAUACACAAACACAUGUGAAAUGAAUUGACUCCCUGAUGCUCAUCUGUGUCAGUAGAAUUAUCCUGUAUCAUCGUAUUUCAUUAGAGAGUGGACUCCAGCUGUGCACACCAUCCGGUACAUUACAUCUGACCUCCAUAUCAAUACAUGAUCACACUACACAUGUGCCGAGGUUUAUAUUUUAGCAACCGUUUUGGGUGUUUCAUGGCCUUCACUGCUCUCUCCUACAGUUAGAAAACAGCUAAAGCUCACAGAGAAAAAUCUAAAAUCGCACAUGUUUGGCUGCCCCUGAAGUUCUGCUGACUUGUCUCGGAAUCUAAUUGUCAGCUGAAAAUAAAAUGCCCACAGCCUGUGAUGUGGGAUUUUUAUUUAUAUGUUUUACUGCGAGGACUGUUUGUGCUCUGAAUGCUGUCUGCAGGAGGACACAUAAGCUAUAAACAUGCCUGACUGACCCAAAGGUCUGAUUUUACAUCAUGUGAGUUGUAAUUCUAGAGACCCUCCAGUGCCACGUUUCCCAGCUGUGCUGUAACAGCAGGGGAGCAGGGAGAUUGUGUGCUUUCUCACCCACUAGCACAAAGGUAAAGGAACACUAUAGUGUUAGGAAUACAAAGCGGUAUUCCCGCUACCUCCACCUCUACACUGGCGGCAAUAAAAGGGGCUUUAAAAAAACCAAAACAAAUGCCCUUUCUUUUUAUUUUGCCUUAUUCCUGCACCAAUAUCCAUCAUCGCUGGCUCAGUCUCCGCCUCCUGUGAUGUCAUUGCGAGGGGGGGCUAAUGUGCAUGCAUGACAAACACUGCACGUGCUUUAGGCCUUUCAAAUGGGAAAGCAUUGACUCAUUACUUUCCUAUGGGAAUUUAAAAGACAUUGGAUGAUCUCAUGCACAGCAUGAGGACGUCCAGUGUUGUUUCACAGAGUUAAAUUCUGUGAAACCGCGGGAAGCGCUGGUAGACAGCCACUAGAGGCAGUCUUAACCCUCUAUUGUAAACAUUGCAGUUUUCUGAAACUGCAAUGUUUUACAUUGCAUUGUUAAGGGGACAAGGGCACUGCACGCAGACCACUUCAAUGAGAUGGUGUCCCUUUAACCAUCUUUUAAAUUUACCAACAUUAAUUCUCUUUAAGAGCAACAUUUUAUCCAUAAUAUAACUUUUAAUAACAUGAUUACUCCCCAACUAUUCUAAAAUUGCAAUUCCUGCACUCCUUUUCCAGCCUGGGGGUUUAGCUUAUUACCACCCCAGUAUUAAUCUAAACAUUACACUAUUGAAUAUAUAAUAUCUAUACUAGCUUUAUUUGUUCUGUGAUAAACUUUGUUUAAAUGCCUUCUCCCCCAUUUUUUCACACACUUUGCCCAAAACCAGAGCUCUUAUAUCACAUAUAUAAUAGUAUUAUUUUGUUAUUCAAUGCAUUUUGUUUUUGAGAUUAGAAAACUCCCAUUCCCCACCCCUCCUUAAAUGUAAUUUAUACUCCAACACUAGGACAGACUCCUCACUAUAGUCUGGUCCUCCUCUGUUGAAAUCCUUAAUCCUGGUGACUUUUGUCCUUUGUCCAAUCAGAUGUUUGACACACAGUGCCUGCACAGAAAUUUCCACUAUAAGCAAAUUCGCAGCCUCUCUAUGAGCAUUCACCAAGCACCGUGUCGGCAGACUUUAUUUGCCGAUGCAGGACCAGAGAAUGUCUCCAGGUCGACUGUUUCCUCCCCCCCGAACUUAAAUUGGCAUUUAAUUUUGAAUUCUCACUUUAAAAAGGGACACUUAUGCGUCAGAAGCCCCUAGUGACUGUAUGUCUGACAGCACAUAGGCCUUGAACUUGCAAAAUGUAAACGGUCUGUUUCUCAGAAAUGGCACUGUUUACAUUUGAGAGGUUGCAGCAGAAUCUAUGUCCCAAAAUCACUUUAUUAAGAUUACGUGACGUUAUUCCUGAGAUUGUCCCUUAAAGCCAUCAGUAGCGGACAAGGAGUAUUAUUUUUUGGUAAAGUUUAUUGUGACACAAAACUGGGGACUGCCAAAAUACUAUUUAAACCAGAAUAUUAACCCUCACAGUGAGACAUAGUGAUUCUGGUUUGUGAGUGCCCUUUGUAAAUGUAUCCUUUUUCUAUUUCUGUUUGGAGACUUCUAGUAGUUAAUGGGUUAAGCCCUAGUGUCUUUUUAGUUUAAUAAACAUAUGUCCACAUGCAGUUCCAUCUCUUCUUUUAAAGAGGUCUUUUAUCACUUUGCUACAGAUGUUUAGCUUUAUAAAUGAAGCCACAAGAAACUCCCAGAUUUCAUUGAAAAUUCCCGUAAUCCGUUGUAUAGAGAACAAACCCGUGUAAUGAAAUGGUGGAAGGUGUUCCUAUAUUUUAUUAGAUAAGAGGCGUUUUUACUCUGCAGAGGGUUUACUAACUAGACUGGAGAAAUGCCAAGGUCAUUGCAAAAUUUAGACCAAAGAUGUCGAGCUGGGUAAAUUCUCAAACUCUGUUUUUCCAGAUUUCCUCUUUUAGCCUAAAUGUUUACCUGUGGUUAGCUCAUUUAUUGUGUUUGUGAAAUGACUGCUCAGCCCCAGAUCACAUGUCAUGAAAAGGGCUAUAAGGCAUGGGUCCUCAAACUCCGGCCCCCCAGAUGUUGCUGAACUACAACUCCCAUGAUUCUUUGAAUUACAUAGCUAGCCAGAGAAUCAUGGGAGUUGUAGUUCAUCAACAUCUGGGAGGCCAGAGUUUGAGGACCCAUGCUAUAAAACAAUGUCUAAAGUUGUUUUGGUGACUACAGUGUCCCUUUAACUCUCAGGCAUGUAUUUAUCCUUUGCAUUCUGCAAAUAGUUGCCAACCAAACUGUAUUUAAAUAUACUCAAAAUAUAAAGAUCUACACUCUUCCAUAAACCUCUUUAAGAUACAAGAGGCUAGCGGAAGAAUUUGUUCAUAAAAUUAACCUCUUCAAGACCACUGCCAUUCCAAGACAUUGUCACAGUCUGGCCCCAGCAAGACCUUACUCCCGAUUGGAAGUCACAGCCGUUCUGCUGCCAGAAUGAAUGGGAUGGCCUGUUUUUAUAUAGGAUCUUUGGAGAAUAGAUCGUUAUGAUGAUCACUGGUCGUUAAAGGGUUAAAAUGUUGGUGGUGAUCAUAUGAUAAAGGGAGCAAGGCAGACCGAGAUCCAGAGCAGCCUUCCCUCUGUCGUACAGUUUAUUGGGAGAUUCCUAAUAAACCUUUUAAACCAUGUUAAAAUGCUAUGUGAGUCAACACAUGCUUUUUCCUGCUUUCUGUUUAUUUCAUUUUCCAUGUUCAUUAUUUGUUUCUUUUUUUAGGAUUUGCUGAACACCGGGAUAAGCGCUCUGUUUUUCUUCAUCGCCUCUGUAAUUUUGGCCUCUCUCAACCACAAAUCUGGGGCGGAAAUUUCUGCGGCGGUAAGAUCACUUACUCUGUAAACUUGUUUUUCCCCCAGUGAUGAGGAUUGGAGGUAGGAUCAUAUUUUAACCCUUGUAUUUGAGACCAAGAGUAAUGCCCUACUGUCUGUGCAAGUAACGGACAUGCUAUUUCAGAUCCAAAUAAUUCCAUUACUCGCAGAUAGAACGAGCAGCUGGGGGAAUGAGAUUUCUUGUAGGAAUUUGACAUUUUGUUAAAGUGACAAAUGAACAGUGUGGGGGGAAAAAAAUCUGAAUCUCAAUAAGGCUGCUUUUUUUUUUUUUUCUCUCUCUUUCUUUUCUUUUCUUUUCUUUAGUGUUAAUAAUUUACAUUUAUUCAUAUUUCAAUAAAAGCGAAACAAUCUCUUUUUUCCCAGAAGGCUUCUCUUACUGGGGCAGCCAUUGUUGGCCUGUUUGCCAUAUUUCUCCCAUCAAACUAAUUUGGUCGACUAGUUUAAAAGCUGAUGUGCUCCGUUGACAAGGAGGGAUGGUAAGAUAGGACACGUUUUAUAAAACAGUGGAGAUGACUCAGUGAGUUAAUACACGGGUGGAGAUCACAUGACUGCUUACGGCACCAUGACAGUCAUUUCUGAUCAUGCGUGACUUCAUCAUUAACCUAUGCUGUCGCCCCAACCAAGACGUGCGUACGGGGUCUGUAAUAAAGAUUCUAUUUACCUCCCUAGCACUCCUCACUCCAGUAAGAGCUUAGAGAGUCUAUAUUAUCUUGGGGAAGCGAGGAAUUGUCACUUCCAGAGAAAGGACAGUUCCUCUUUAAAUGGUUUCCAUUUCAAGGGGGGUGUUUAUUUUAAUUUAAAAAAAACUGCAGUAGCUGGCAUUUAUAUUAGUCAGGACUGUUAUGCAAGUGUCCACAUGCAUUCUCAUGUGAUGGAAUCCAGGAAUUCAGAAUAGUUUGUUCUGUGAAUUAACUCUUUUAACAUUAGUACUUGCAGCAGUUUUAAACUUUGUUUUUGCAUCAAGUUUAAUCUAGGUUUUAUUGAAUUUUUUAUUUUUUUUAAUUUUUUUUUUGAGACUGUAGUUUUAUUUCGUAUGCAACAUGUUAGCAGACAUACAACAGAUUUGAAAAGAGGGUGCAUUGUUGCCUAUACAGAGGCAGAUGACGUCAAACAGACAAGAGUAAGGCUAAUUACAUAUUUUGUAGUCGUUCCGACCUGUGCAAUGAUGGGCAUUUCGUAACCUCUGAUUGAGAGCAGUUUACCCACGCAGGGGUAGUGUUGUAUACUUAGUAAAUGGUUUGGGAUGUGGGGUUGUGUCAUCAGUAGUUUUACAGCAGUAGCCUAUGCAGAGGCUUAUAACACAUGGUCCCUGUGUUUUUUUUUGUUUUUUUUUGAGGCCGGCAUCUUGUUUUGCAUUGUGCCUUUCUUAAGCAGAUUGGGUAUGUGGUCUCAUAGGGCGUAGCGACUAUGGUGAUAUUGUUUUACGAUAUAUUGCACAGUGGGUGCCAUUGCGUGUCUUCCGUAAGGAAUUGGUUAGCCGAUGUUAGGGUGCUAUAUAAUGUAUCUAGGUCAGAUUUUGUUGCGGGAUAAGGCGGUCCGUCCCCAUUGGUUGCCUUGUAUGAGUGUCUGCGUUCAGAACCCGUGCCGUGGCGCCCCUGUUAUUUCUCUCGGUUUGAGGCUGUCUCCGGGUUGGGGUCAGUCGGGCUAUCUGUAUGUCUUCGUGUGGUCGUGAGUGUGGGGGAUGUGUUCUUGUGCGUGUGUCGCUGGUGGUGUUGGUUUAGUAGUUUGGGGGCGAUGGUUUAUGGUCCCGACGGGUGGGGGACUCGUUUGGCGGGCUUCUAUAGGUAGUGUCAGCUUCCCCUUAUCUAGCGUAGUGCCCUGGUCCUAGAGUCCGGUCUCAGUCACCCCGGUUCCCGGUCUCAUCCUUCCAUGUCUACGGUCGGGGUUCAGGGUAGGUUCGUGUCUCGACCCAUGGGACAAUGUGCGCGUCGGGGGUGCGGAGGUGGCGUGUGGUUGUGUAGGGGGGGAGAUCUUGGGUGUCCUUCCUCCUCCUCUCCGCUUGGGCGUGAUGGUGUCUCUUGUGCCUUGUGAAGGUUAGGACCGUGGGGAUGGGACGGGUGUUCUGUGUGGUAUAGCAUGGCCCUGUGGUGGUAUGUCUGAAUUUGUUCUGCCUUAGUGGAAUUUUUUUAUUUUUUUAUUCUGCUUGUUAACUCUUGGGUAUGGCUAAGAUGCAAGAGAUUUAUGGUUGGGGUUAUUAGAGAGAGGUUUAGAAAUUAAAGUUUCAGGUGGUGAGGAUAAAGGUAAGUUCUGAAUUCUGGGACAUAAAAAAAAAAAAAAUAGCUUAGGAAUUAAACUAAUGAAAUUUAUCUUAGCCCUUAUACCACACCUCCUCUGGACAGUAAGCUCGUUUGAGCAGGGUCCUCAUCUACCUAUUGUUCCUGUUAACAUUUUGUUAUGGUCUCAUUUGGUAAAUUCCCCUUUUAUUGUAAAGCGCUGCGGAAUAAGCUGGCGCUAUAUAAAUACCAAUAAUAAUAAUAAUACUCCAUGUGAUUAACCUUUUGGUAGAAGAUAGUCUGAGUUCAUCUAGAUUUUUGCUGACAAAUUCCCAUAGUUUAUUAGUAGACUGGGGAUGGGAUUUUUGAGUUUCUACUUCCUCUGACACAUAGACUGCAUAUUGUCUGUAGUCUUGUUUAACGACUUGCCUCUUUAAAUAUCAUAAUGGGUAACACAUUGCUUCCUGCGGUGCUAACAGAUGUCCCUUUUGAAGGGGUCAGUCACAGAGAAUUUAUGCCACAGGGUGGUUUUAAAGUGAUAGUACACAGCAUGUUGCAUGUUUGUGAUUCUAAUUUGGCGGUUCCUAGUCCAGUCCUGCAGGUGUACCAAUGGUCCAGGUUUUAUCAGUGUCCAUAUUGGAAUAGAAUUGCAAAAUUCCUCGAUUCUGGACUGUUGGCGUGCCUUGAGAACUGGUUCGGGAACCACCGUUUUAACGAAAUUAGAUACAAGAGUAUUUUAUUAAAUACAUCGUACUCAAAUUCAACUACCACACUCAUGGUUUAUUUAGUCAUUUAUUUGACUAUGGACUUAACAUUUCUUCCCCAGAUCACCGUAACAAAGUGUGCCUUUUAAAUGUUCACAAUGCUUUACACAUGUGCUUAGUAAUAAUCCUACUGUAAAGGCUUGUCCUGUACUUAACAUAUUGUAAUCCUGUGAAUUUCUAGAGUCAAUUGUACUUUCAGCGCCCAAUUGGUUAAUGGAGUGUGUGACUCUUAUGUUUGGCAACAGCUGCCCACCCAAAAAUAUUUUGAUCAAAACAGCUGGAUUUGUGAGGUCUUGGUACUGCUGACUCUGCUGCCAUCUAGUGGUUAUUAGUGUGUCCUAGUAACCAAAGCUCUAACAAUACAUGUGGAAUAAGGCAUUUUGGUUUUUAAAUUGGUUAUAUAUGUGUAACUCUCUUGUCUUCAAAAAAAAUGUCCAUUAAUCAUUAAAAUUUGAAUUGUUGGGAAUUCAAAUGGAGAUUCAUAUUUGAGGCCAAAGUUCUUAAUUAAGCUGUUUUGUCUAAAAUUUGAAAUUCCCUUUGAAUCCUCACCAAUUCCCACUUUAUUAAUAACCAUGUGUAUCCAAUAAUAAAGUCUGAUUUUUGACUACCUGUUUUACAUCUCUAUCUCUGCAGAUAUUCGGCUUUUUAGCCACUCUCGCAUAUUCCGUGAACAGUUAUCUGGCACUCCGAAAGUGGAAGUUCGGCAGGUCGCAGAACAUGCGCCAAACAAACGACUACAUGCGGGCUCGCAGCGAGUCCCGUGAUGCGGACUGUCGCCCUGAGAUUCAACGUCUCGAUGCUUGAGCGGCCUGGGCUGGGCGUAGAAGCAAGACGGCGACUCCCUUCAUUGUAGACAGCAGUCCAAUUUUAAAAGACGAAGGAAAGAGGAGAGUUUUGCUUGUAAUCCCAUUCCUGUGAUUCUUUCACUAUUCCUUAUGUAUUUAAGGAAGUAUUUGGUGGUACCCGGUAGACUUUUGCCGCACAACAUUUUGGGUUUAACAGCAUCAUAUGAUGUUCGGUAUCCUGACACAGUUUUUACAGACAUUACUGCUUUGCAGCGAAUGUGUCAGAAUAAACACAGAUUGAUCUGAUUUUUUUUUUUUUCUCCUACAUGAAUAUUACUGCAUCAACAGAUUAUUUUCUGCCUGUAAAACAGGGGUACAAUCCAUUAUCACAGCCGUCUGCUCAUAAUCAUUUUGGAAUUGUAUUUAUUUCUUAAAUUUUGUGCUGUACUUAGUCUAUGAAGGAUUUUUUAUAUAUAUAUAUAUAUUCACUUAUUUUUACAAUAUGAAGGUUAAGGAAGAUGACUGACCCUAUUUUCUUCACUCCCUCCAUCCCCCCCUCCCCCCAGUGAUCUUUUUUAAGUAAUGUUUUAGCUCAAAUGAAGUUUUACUGUAAACCCAAAACCAUGUUCUGUUUGUUGUUCUGAAGGAAAAAAAAAAACUCAGAAGGGUUUAAAAUUUGCUAAUAAGUCACAGUUUGGUAUGCUUAAUUUAUUUAAUUCAUAUUCUUAAUAUUCAUCUGACUGUUUAUAAAGUUUAAAUGUAAUGUUUUAAUCAUUAAGGAGCGUUGGUCUUGGCAAUACAUUGCAUCGCUGACUGUAUUCACAGUACAUUACCACUUAGCUAUUAUUCUGCCCUUGAAUUUUUUGUUGGAAGCAGUACUUUAAUGGGAUCUAAACUGUACAACAACUCCUCAAUAACUUUAAACACAGUCUUUGAUAGUUAUGUUGUAGGAUAGUGUUUUGUGAUGGAUUAAUAGUCUGCCUGCUUUAAAGGGACACUAUAGUCCCCAAAACAACUUUAGCUUAAUGAAGCAGCCUCACUGCUCAAUUCUCUGCCAUUUAGGAGUUAAAUAACUUUGUUUAUGAACUCUAGUCAUACCUCUCUGCAUGUGACUUGCACAGCCUCCCUAAACACUUCCUGUAAAGUCAUCUAAAGUUUAUCCUUCCUUUAUUGCAAGUUCUGUUUAAUUUAGAUUUUUUUUAUUUUUUUUAAUCCCCCUGCUAUGUUAAUGGCUUGCAAGACCCUGCAAGAGCAUACUGUAUGUAAUUGAAGUUCAAUUUACAGCGAAAGAGAUAAAAUUGUUUAAGGUAAAUUACAUCUGAUUGAAAGUGAAACAAGUUUUUUUUUUUUUCAUGCAGGCUGUGUCAAUCAUAGCCAGGUGUGACUAGGGCUGCAUAAACAGAAACAAAGUGAUUUAACUCCUAAAUGGAAGUGAAUUGAGCAGUAAAACCUGAGAAGCAUCAUCUAUACACCAAAACUGCUCCAUUAAGCUAAAGUUGUUUAGGUGACUAUAGUGUCCCUUUAAAUUCUGUUUAGUAAACUGUUAUAUAUUUAGAUUCAGCCUGAAUGGUCACUUAAGUCCUACCUUCUGUACCCCAGUAAUAUACUGUCUGCUAUGACAUCACUAAUACGCCCGGCUGUAGUUAGGAAGAACUUAAGUGCUGUGACUGUUGACAUAAUGUUGCAGUUUGUCCACAGGUGAUAUAUAUAUCACCUGUGGACAAACUGCAACAUUAUGUCAAAAUUGAAAUUAUAUAAUUUCAGCAUGGGAUUGCACCAGGGCAUUGGAUUUCACAGUGUACCAGCAAGGGUGAGUGCCAUUUUAUUUAUAUAUAUAUAUAUAUAUAUAAUUUUUUUAUUUCUUCUAUGGCAAUCCUGCAAUUUAUAUAUUGCAGUCAUUGGUAGAUUAGUGGCCAAGUCCUUCCUCUCUUCAGAUCACAAACGGGAUAACACCCGUGGCUCACUAACCUGACUUGUAAAGACUGUAGAAUCUGGCUGAGCUACAUUUUAUUUGGUUUCAUUUAAAAAAAAAAAAUUGUUUUUAAAAAUUGCGCAAUAGUAAUACUAUUGAGGCUAAAAUUAUUCAAGGGUAAAGACCACUCCAGUUGUAUAUUUUACAUGGUACCCAUAAUUCUUCAUUGGACUAAAGUUUGAUUAUUGAAUGUUAGCUAAAUGUUCUAUAGUUUGUUAGGUUGAAACAAAUUAUGCUUUUCCCAUCAAGUUCACGUUUUUACUUAAAGGGAAACUAUAGGCACCAAGACCACCUCAUCUUACUGCAGUGUCCCUGUCCACUGAACCCAGCAAGUGUAAACCAGAUGUGUUUCCCGCUGUUUUUAUGGAGCUUGGCUCUGUGAAACAAUGCUGGAUGUCCUCACGCUUUGCACAACCCAUAGGCCUAAUGCACGCUCGGCGCUCGCCACAGGGCACAUCUGGGUCCCCUUCGCGAUGAUGUUGGAGGAGGCAGAGAAUCCUUGCAGGAAUUGGGUGUGUUUUUAACCCAUAUUUGUUGGGGGUGGAAUGUGCUGCAGGGAAUUCUAUGGUGUUCCUUUAAUCAUAUUUAACACACAUAUAUAUAUUUUUAACAUUCCUUCAAAAAGACGUUGUAGAACAUUAAAACAAAUUAGGCCAUCUAUAAUUACUAAAACCUAUACACAAUCGAAUGCGUUUGAUGUACAAGAACUGUAUUUUCCAGUUAUUUAAUUUAUUUUUAAUUCUUCUUGGUACAUUGUAUUGGGGGUAGGUUGUUGUUUUUGUUUAUAUAUAUAUAUAUAUUCGACAUAACAUCUAUUGUGUAUUUCUAAAUGCCCAGUCUGGAUUGUUAUAGGUUUAGACAGUAACAGAGUUGGUCACAGUAGCCCAGCUAUAAUUCACCAGCCAUUGGGCUUUUAAAAAAACUACCUGAUUUUGUUAUUCACUCACUAAAGUGCAAACUGUCUGGAAAUGUCUGACAAAAUAGUCCGAGUUUAAAACCGCUGAAUUAGAGAUUGAUUUUCCGUUUGGCUACAGCGGUCUAAAAUGUUAAAAUUUCUUCCAAUUCCCAAGCAUUCACAUUUUAGUGAAAUGAAUGCAUUACUUCGCUGGGUUUGAACUGGCGCAAAGAAUACAGAAGUGUAAGAUCCGUCUGAUCUUUCUCUUUUUCUGUAUUCCAGUUGAAAGUGACAUUCACUUAUUGUUGAAAUGUGUCUGAUGUUGUCUUACACACUUUUUCUAUUCAUUCCAUACAUCCUAUUUUUAUAGUAAUCCGAUAAUACUUGUAACCUGUUCCACCUUGUGUGCCUUUUUGUAUCAAUCUGCGUCCGGUCAAUCAAAGGCCAAGUAUUUACCUAAAUAUUGUCUCUUUCUGCAGUUAACCUUUUUUUUUUUUUUGUGUGCGCGCAUGUUUUAUUGCUAAUACCAGUUGUUUUGAGGUACAAUUGAAAUCUGACUGUUCAUACUGUUGAUAUUUUGUAUAUAAAAAAUAUUGUUUAAAAAAAAAAAGCGCAUAACUCAUUUUUUCAGGAAUUUAUUUAACCCCAUAAAGGGACAUUUUAGGCCCUUCAUCUUACUGAAGUGGUUAGUGUCUGGAGUCUCCUGGUGCCUUCCUUCCAUUCGGUGUGAAACCAUUUGUAAUGUUUCAAUGCUAAACAAGAGUCCCCAGCAGCCCAUCUACUCUGUGCAUCUUUGAAUAGCUGACUGUUUUCAGCCUAUCACAGCUGUCCAUUGCUUAAAGGGAGACUAUAGUCACCAGAACUAAUAUAGCUUAAUGUAUUUGUUUUGGUGAAUAGAAUAAUUUCCUUCAGGCUUUUACAGAGAAAAUGCAGUGUUUACAUUACAGUCUAGGGAUACCUCCAUCGGCCACUCCUCAUAUGGCUGCUAGAGGGGCUUCCUGGGACAGUGCUGCACAGUGUGACUGCCAUUCAUUGUCUCCACCCUCUGCAUGCAGACACUGAACUUUGCUCAUAGAGAUGCAUUGAUUCAAUUCAUCACUAUGAGGAGAUGCUGAUUGGCCAGGGCUGUGUUUAACUUGUGCUGGCUCUGCCCCUGAUCUACCUCUUUGACAGUCCCAGCCAAUCCAAUGCUUUCCUGUGUCAAAGCAUUAUGAUUGGCUCAGACCACAACGUCUGAUUUAUGUCAGCCAAGGAGACAGAUCAGGGGCAGAGCCAGCAGCAGCAGCCUAGAAUAAAAGUACGACUUUACUGUAUUUAGGGGGGCUAAAUGGUGUAUUUAACUCUAUAGGGUCAGGAAUACAUGUUUGUGUUCCUGACCCUAUAGUGUUCCUUUCAUAUGGCUAGAAGGCAGUGUGUACUAUCUGCCUUAGUCAUAUCUACAGAAGGGAAGGAGCUGUGGGAGCCAUGGACCCUUAUUUGGUAAAAAAAAAAAAAAGUCUCAUUGUUUAACACUGGAUGGAUGCACUGUGCCAGAGGACUUCAGUAGUAUAACCAAUUUAAGUAGUUGAAAUACUUACAGUGCCUAUGGUGAAAUGAUUUACAACCCAUCGUAACAUUGAAGUCAUUAAGGUGUGUGUCAUAUGUUCGGAGACAUCUUUGCUGCCUUUUGCAAAGACCUACCCAAAUGACAUAUCUGCUUAAAUGGUGGCAUUUGUGGAAGUUUGGGAAAGGGAGCUAGAUUUACCUAAAACUCUAAUUCCUUGGACUGCCAUCUUCCGGUCUCCAGUUUCUGGCAGAUGAAGGUACUAGGACCUGCUUCAUCUUUAAACUUUUCUUGCGUGUACAUGAUAAAACAUGGAUUUAUGGGAGAUCAUGCGAGAUCUUCAAUUGACCUUCUCACGCAUUCAGAAGGCUGGUUCUCAUCAUCUUUGAUAUAUGGCUUUUUCAAAAACAUUUCAUGUUUAAGGAAAAAUUCAGCAUUGCAAAUAUUUUACUAAGACUACCCCUUUUAGGGUCCUAUCCUAAAAGAGAGUGCCCUUCUUAAUGAGAGCAGAGCUUCAAGCAUUGUAUAUGUACACCAAUUCUUCCUGGCAUUAUGCCUUACAUUGCGAUGUCAGCAAAAAUGCUUUUUGUCCUUAGGGAACCUACCCUCGCAUGCUGAUAGGAAUCUGUCAAAAAAUAGAAAUCUUUUCAUACCAUCCAAGGAAUCUGCACUUUGUGUUAGCCAAAAUAAUUACAAAUAUAGAUUGUUUUUUUUUUCUUAUGACAUUACGUCUGAGUAAUGCAUAAAGUGAUUAAUGUGUUCACCAAGAAAUUGAACAUUUGAGCCAAAAUAGGAAAACCAUUUCUAUUUUUUAGUGAAUAAACCCAACACUACAAACACCUGUGACUAGUAAGGGUCCAAAACAACUGCCAGUAAUUCACACAAUCUUGGCCCAAAAUAGCAUAGUAUUCUUUCCCCAUUUUGGUUAUUUGGACCUAAAAGUUUGAAAUAGCUUGUGGAAUUCCACACAAUUCUUGGUUUUAGUGCUGUUAUUCCUGACCGUUUACAGGUAAGAUAUUAUUCCUAACCUGUAUAAGAGUACGAAGUGAUACUUUGUUUUGCAUUUUAUGAUUAAUUGAAAGGUUUUUAUUAUUCAGUCUGUAAUAUUUUCCAUAUUAAAAGAACACUCCAGGCACCAUAACCACUACAGCUUGCUGUAGUGGUUAUGGUGUCAGGGGGCCCUUCUAUUGUAAGUAGUCAAACUGCUUUAGAUUGGUUUAACAUUUUAUGUGGGGUCCUCUGACUGCCAACCCCCUGAAGUUUUUUCUGAGCUAAGCCCUGCAGUGUGAGGCUUAGCUCGUUUGCUGAGAGCAAUCAGCUGAUGCUGUUAGGCAGUAAGCUCAGGUGAGCUGUAGUGGUUAUGGUGCUUGGAGUGUUCCUUCAAUAAAUGUUGAUGGCAUUUUAAGCUCACAUGUUUAGUGAGAGGUCACUGCAUGAAUAUACAGACUGGGCACUAAAAUGAGUCACUCUGGACUGCCGGGUGCUGGUUACAACCUACUUUUGUGAUCAAUAUACUUUUGAUUUUGCGGUUGUGUGUUUGAAGGAAAUAGACGGCCCCUACUUUUAUGUCACAAUUUGGGGGUUAUUCACUAAACCCUGAAUUGUAGGACUUAAAAAUGUAUCUGUCAAAACUGAGGCUAAAACAUCUAAGCUGGAGCCAUUCCGCUAGAGUCAAAGUUUGGCUAUUGUCUCUGAAUUCACUAUAAAUCGGGGUUUAAGAAAUUAAGCUCUAGGGAUAUUUAUUAAGGCAAACAGGAGGUUCUGGGGCAAAGACAAGUCUUCGACAUGAGUGGGGAAGAAUUAUGAAAGUGUCAUGGUCUGAAAAGUGUUGUGAUAAUGUAAAAACAAUGGAAUGGGACUGCUGGGUCCACGUUUCCUUAGUAUUUUGCACUAUUUUACAGAACACGACUCUUUGCUAAAUCUUGCCCAUUCUGUGGGUUUUGGUCUCCAUGGUGAUGUUAGAUAUUCAGUUAUCACUAAUGCAAGUAGUUUUAAUUCCAGUGGAAGUUAUGUUCCUCAAAAAUGUGUAUAUAUACUGUAUAUAUAUUUUUCUUUGAUUGGGAAUUACUGCACUUUUGGUUUACUUAAAUAAAUGUGAUUUGAACUCUUAAUUACUAUAUUAUGAUCUUGGUAAUCUAAUAGUUUGUGCACUUGUGGGUUACGGAGCAGGUGCUAAAAUACACUGUGUAAUUGUUGCCGCAAUCUAUGGUUUAAAAACGUCUUUCACAAUACAGUUUCACAGUAUAGGGACACUAAAUGUUCUAACCGCACGUUUAUUCUUGUAGUGAAGGUAAAGGCCUAUUCUGGAAAUCAGGAGGGGCGGAUGGCAAUGUAAGGGUUAAACAAUUAAUUGAACGAAUUCCCUGACCAACGGCGUACGAACAUUAAUAUAAAAUUCAAACCAUGCUCACGAGAGGUGGGUUUUGUCAAGUGUCCUUGUAGUGCUGUCUGUGUGUCUUGUUUUAUGCUACACAUUCCUCUCAAUGUCUGAUUGCACUUUGUUUAAUUGUUUUUGAAUUGAUCAGUGGUUUAAAAAAAACCAAAAACCUGUAUUUUUGUACCCCACACGAACUGCUAAUGAAUUUAUCAGUAUCUACAGUUUCCAAGUGUAUCUUGUUUAAUAAAUGGAUACCAUAAAGCUUUGUGCACUGUAUUUUAUUCAAAACUAUUAAUACGUACAUUGAUCACUAAAAAGUUAAUACAUUUUAAGUGAACGUAGAUAAAGCAAAAUGUGAGAAUUCCUUUCACAGUAAAACAGAACAUUUAAUACAUUUUAAGGAUUUCACGUUUUGCCACCUCCAAAGAUAUGUUAUUCACACUACAAACUGAAUUGAAUAACUAAUUCCCAUAAUUUGGCUACAAAAUGUGCGACUAUAGCAGUUUGAGAUUUUGUCUACAUUUUGUAAUUCCAUUUUGAAUUCACUGCAAUUCAGUUAAGUUUACGUUAAGUUGCUUGGCAACAAAUGUGCAGCAUAGUCUUAAAUUUGAUUAGUAUUACCCUAUUUCUUCUUUAAAAAGGGUAAUACAAAAACGACUGCUUUUUUUCUAUAAUAUCCCUAAUAUGAGUUUUUUUGUAAAAAUAUCCUAAAAAGGUGCGAUGUUAAAAGAACACAACACCAUAACUACUAAAAGCUAUGGUGUCAGGAUUGCCCUGAGGCCUACGCGUUUUAAGUAGUGAAACUAUUUUAGAAAAGUGUUUUUACCUCAAGUCUGCCAGGUGCUGCUCCCCACCACUUUGUAACCAGAAGCCGAUUGCUCUCAGCCAAUGAGCUAAGCCAAGCACUGCUGGGUUUAGCUCAGAGCCGAGAGCUUAUGGCUGCAGCCGAUGCAAGAAAAGAAACAAAAUUAUUCUAAAACUAUUUGACUACUUACAAUAAUCACUACAGAUUGUGAAUUUCUAAUUUUAGGCUAUAAUAUUUUAACUGGAAGAAGAAAAAAAAAUUCAAAAUGUUUAGUUUAGCUAUUUUAACCGGCGAUUUAAAAUUCACUUUGAAUAACAUUCUGACAUGUGGAGAGUUCCAUUUUACAGAUGCCACAAUUCAUGGCAUGGAUUGGCACAGAAUGUUUCACACUGGGUCAAGCGGCCGCUGUUGAUUUAUCGCUGUAGCCUGGCACACUUGUCCUCAUUAGAGGGAUAAUAUUUAUAGUGAUAUGAUUGCUUUCCGAACGACUGCCGCUUCAAACACAGGUCAUCCGAUUAGCACAAUUUUAAAUCCUUACACACUUUUUUUUUGGAAAGAGAGUAAAUAUCAGCUGUAAACAAAAAGAGUGGAAUAGCGCUAAGUCAGAGGACGGGGAGGCAGCACACCUAAAUGGAUAAGUCUAUUCUAAAAACCCAAUAAGGACAAACAACAAUACAAGACUGUAGGGUGCGCCAGGGUUUAAGUCAUUACAUUACGUCACCCCUUAACCCCUGGCGCACCCUACAGUCUUGUAUUGUUAAAUAUCAGCUGUGCACAUCCAGUCUUGUGCGUCAGUCAAAUCUAGGAUAGGGUACCAAUGACAGCAAGCCUAAUACGGACUGCCAUUCCCAUUCAGCCAGCUAAGGAUGGGGUUUGCGAUCCACACAGCAGUACCAUUUAUUGGCAAUUGUGGAUUUACAUCUGUAACAGUUACUAGUGGAUUAGUUUAUUUUGAAAAUCUGGAACUGUAAA